UUUGUAUUUAUGUUGGGCAUUCCUGAUCGUCCAAUAAACCUGCCGAAUAUGGAGCGCUGCAAUAAAACUGGCGUUAGGCAGUACAAGAAAUCGGCUUGUCCCCGUCUCCGAUGGACGCCGGAGCUUCAUGAGCACUUUGUUGAAGCAGUUGAUCAACUUGGUGGAAAGCAUCAAGCAACACCAAAGAGAAUCAUUCAAAUGAUGGGAGUGAGAGGGCUUCAAGUGUCUCAUGUCAAAAGUCAUCUGCAGAUGUAUAGAAGUAUGAAGAAAAGCACCACCAUUAACCUAGUGGUACCUGCGAUGCUGCAUGAGAAGGAAACCCCAGAUUCUGUAGUUCUGUCCCCUCUCAGCAAAGUUGGCAAAGAUCAAGAACCACCACUAAAGAGGAAGGAAUCAGGGAGCUCGAUCACUUGCAAAGGCAAAACUAAAACUAUCAAUCAAGGGGAUCCUCUAUUCGAUUCCCAGGUCAUACAAGGUAGUACAAAUUGUAAUACUUUGACAGAAAGUCAGACCGGAAUUUUUGACUUUUUACAAGCCAUUGUUGAAUGUGGAAAAGAGCCAAGCUUGUGGUCCUCAAAUGGUCGUCUAGUCUCGCAGUCUAGUGCCUCCAGCAAUUCUUUUGACCUUCUUCCCUAUUCUUCCAAGGACAGUCAUGUUAACUUGGACUUGUCUAUCUCACCAUGUUACCACUACUAACUCCCAAAGAACAAUAUAUGACCAGUUUGUUCAACUUUAAUAGUAUCAAAACAUAGUAACAAAACUAUGACUGAUAAAACAAUUUUGUAUAAGAAUGUAGAAAUUUUGUACGGAUUGUUUUACAGAUAUGAAAGCUUGUGCAGUGUUUAU